AACAAUCUGGUUUUCUAUCAUUCUAUUUUUACUUUUGUUUUUUCUCCUAAUUUUGAUUUUUGUAGUUGAUUCCGCUCUCUUCUCUGCCAAGUCCCAACGGAGCUGGGUUUGCAGGGCAUGGUUACUUGGGGGGAGCCACUGAGGAUUUUGUAUUUAAAUUUGUGUGCAUAUAUGUAAUCUUCAAUUCCCCGGAGUACCCCCUCAAUCUUCCGGAUCUGCAACGUUUUCCCUCGCCUCUUCUUUUUCCUCCCGCGUUACGUCUCCCUCAAAGAUCCAAUCUUUGAGAUUCCCGAGCGUUUGCGAGAGAGACGGGCAGAGAGAAAGUCGCGGAGUGGUGAGCGCGGGAACAUGGAUGCCGUCCUGCAAAGCAGAGGGAUUUUAUCUCUUCCUUCAAAAUCCAAGACCAGAACUUUUUACCCACUGCCUCAGGGUGGGGCAAGAUUCAGAUUCAGUGGUGCAAAUGCCGUGAAAGCGACCCCUCUUGCUGGGCUUUCUUUAUCAGUCAAUGGGUCUCCGAAAUUUCAGGGUUUUGUCUUGAAACCAUCACUGGUUGCUCAAAAGAGGAGAGAUUCCCCAAUCUGCAGAGCCGAUGCUGCAGCAGCAGCAGCCUCAGCUGACGGGCAACCCGUGCUGGGUGAAGAAGAUGCGUCAGAGCCGCCUAAGUUUAUGGGGGUUGAGGUGGCCACUCUCAAGAAGAUCGUUCCUCUUGGGUUGAUGUUCUUUUGCAUUCUGUUCAAUUACACUAUCCUGAGAGACACCAAGGAUGUGUUGGUGGUGACGGCGAAAGGGUCCAGCGCCGAGAUCAUUCCCUUCUUGAAAACAUGGGUGAAUUUGCCCAUGGCCAUAGGGUUCAUGCUUCUGUACACAAAGUUGGCGAAUGUGCUGUCCAAGCAGGCUCUUUUCUACACAGUCAUUUUGCCUUUCAUUGCUUUCUUUGGGGCAUUCGGAUUCGUCUUGUAUCCCCUCAGCAAUUACUUUCACCCCACAGCUCUUGCAGACAAGCUUCUGAACAUUCUGGGUCCAAGGUUCCUCGGGCCGAUAGCAAUUUUGAGGAUCUGGAGUUUUUGCUUGUUCUAUGUCAUGGCUGAGCUUUGGGGAAGUGUGGUGGUCUCGGUCCUUUUUUGGGGUUUUGCUAAUCAGAUAACAACAGUUGAUGAGGCUAAGAAAUUCUAUCCUUUGUUUGGACUCGGUGCAAAUGUUGCUCUUAUUUUCUCCGGCCGUACAGUGAAGUACUUCUCUAAUUUGAGAAAAAGUUUGGGUCCUGGAGUGGAUGGUUGGGCCCUCUCUUUGAGAGGAAUGAUGAGUAUCGUGGUUGUGAUGGGGCUCGCCAUAUGUUCUAUUUAUUGGUGGGUCAACCAUAAUGUUUCUCUUCCCUCUCGUAGUCUCAAGAAGAAGGACAAGCCGAAGAUGGGAACAAUGGAGAGUUUGAAGUUCUUGGUGUCUUCAAAAUACAUUAGGGAUCUUGCCACAUUGGUGGUUGCAUAUGGCAUUAGCAUCAACCUUGUUGAAGUUACAUGGAAAUCCAAGCUCAAAGCUCAGUUCCCGAGCCCCAACGAGUAUUCGUCUUUCAUGGGUGAUUUCUCAACUGCAACUGGCAUCGCAACUUUUACGAUGAUGUUGUUAAGCCAAUGGGUGUUUGACAAGUAUGGGUGGGGAGUAGCGGCAAAGAUAACCCCCACAGUCUUGCUCCUCACGGGAUUUGGUUUCUUCUCUCUCAUUCUGUUUGGUGGGCCGCUCGUACCUGCACUUGCCAAGUUUGGGAUGACUCCUCUUCUAGCGGCUGUUUAUGUGGGUGCAAUGCAGAACAUCUUCAGUAAGAGUGCGAAAUACAGCUUAUUCGAUCCUUGCAAGGAAAUGGCGUACAUUCCUUUGGACGAGGACACCAAGGUGAAAGGCAAAGCGGCGAUCGACGUGGUUUGCAAUCCACUGGGGAAAUCAGGGGGAGCUCUGAUACAGCAAUUCAUGAUACUGACCUUCGGCUCGCUUGCCAACUCGACCCCUUACCUCGGAGGUGUCCUCCUUGUCAUCGUUCUCGCGUGGCUUUCGGCAGCCAAGUCUUUGGACGGGCAGUUCACCGCAUUGCGGCGAGAAGAAGAGCUCGAGAAGGAGAUGGAGAGGGCAGAAGGUUCCGGAAUCCCCGCCGCCAAACAAGGAAAUGGUUCCCUCCCCGCCGGCGUCACCUCUUCAUUGAACGGCCCGUCACCGAACUCCCUUGGAGGUGACUCAGCUAGUGCUGCUUCUUCAGAGCCGUCCUCCCAGAGGGUGUGAUUGUAGGUCUCUUAUAGUAUGUUGGUUUGAACUUUGAAGAAGGUAGGAAAUAAUGCAAUGGGUUUUGGUUUUUGCCCAUUUUGGAGAUUUAA